GCCGCUCGCUCUCUGGCAGCCGCCUCUUCUCCGACAUCUCGCCCGGAGGCUGAGGCUGAAGCGAGGCCGGCGGCGGGGGACGGCUCGGCCCCGCAGUGGCGCGGGUGGCGGCAGUGACAGCCCGGCCCGGCCUGCCGCCCGCGCUCGCCCUCGGCGCCCGCAGCCAAGAUGAACCGGGGCGGCAGCAGCCCCUCGGCCGCCACCAACUACCUGCUGUGCACCAACUGCCGGAAAGUGCUGCGGAAGGAUAAAAGAAUCAGAGCGUCUCAACCCUUGACACGAGGACCAAGUGCCUUUAUUCCAGAGAAGGAAGUUGUCCAAGCAAACACAGUAGAUGAACGUACUAACUUUCUUGUGGAAGAAUACUCUACAUCCGGUCGUCUGGACAACAUCACACAGGUCAUGAGUUUACACACUCAGUACCUGGAGUCUUUCUUGAGGAGCCAGUUUUACAUGUUGCGCAUGGAUGGUCCCCUUCCUCUACCAUACAGGCACUAUAUCGCAAUCAUGGCUGCAGCUAGACAUCAGUGCUCUUACUUAAUAAACAUGCAUGUGGAUGAAUUUCUAAAGACCGGAGGUAUGGCUGAGUGGUUGAAUGGUUUGGAGUAUAUACCACAAAGACUGAAAAACCUUAAUGAAAUAAAUAAGCUGCUAGCACACCGGCCCUGGCUGAUCACAAAAGAGCACAUUCAGAAACUUGUCAAAACUGGAGAAAAUAAUUGGUCUCUGCCAGAACUGGUACAUGCCGUGGUCCUGCUGGCACAUUAUCAUGCCUUGGCAAGCUUCGUUUUUGGUAGUGGCAUCAAUCCAGAGAGAGGCCCAGAAAUUUCCAAUGGAUUCAGGCUAAUAUCAGUGAACAAUUUCUGCGUCUGUGAUCUUGCCAAUGACAACAACAUAGAGAAUGCGUCCCUUACAGGCAGCAACUUUGGGAUUGUCGAUUCACUAAGUGAGCUGGAGGCCUUAAUGGAAAGGAUGAAAAGGCUUCAGGAAGAAAGGGAAGAUGAAGAGGCAUCUCAGGAAGAAAUGACCACUCGUUUUGAGACGGAGAAGAAAGAAAGUCUGUUUGUGGUUUCUGGAGAUACUUUUCAUUCUUUUCCUCACUCAGAUUGUUCGCUGUUGUCGUUAGAUUUUGCAGAUGACAUGAUUGUAACAUCUGACGUCUCCCGGUAUAUUGAAGACCCUGGUUUUGGGUAUGAGGAUUUUGCCAGAAGAGGGGAAGAGCAUUUGCCAACAUUCCGAGCUCAGGACUAUACUUGGGAAAAUCACGGGUUCUCCCUGGUGAACAGACUUUAUUCUGACAUUGGACAUCUUCUUGAUGAAAAGUUUCGGAUGGUCUACAAUCUCACCUAUAACACUAUGGCCAGCCACGAGGAUGUUGACACAGCCAUGCUGCGCAGAGCUUUAUUUAACUAUGUUCACUGUAUGUUUGGAAUCAGGUAUGAUGACUAUGAUUAUGGAGAAGUUAAUCAGUUACUUGAACGAAGCCUGAAGGUUUACAUUAAGACAGUGACCUGCUAUCCUGAGAGAACUACAAAGCGCAUGUAUGACAGUUACUGGCGUCAGUUCAAACACUCAGAAAAGGUUCACGUAAAUCUACUUUUAAUGGAAGCGCGGAUGCAAGCUGAACUCCUUUAUGCUCUUCGUGCCAUAACUCGGCAUUUGACCUGAAACAUCGUCCAGAGAAAGUGUCAUAUGUGUGUAAAGACCUUUUCACAUAAGAUAUACAUCAGAAGCUGUUUGUGAUGUAGCAUCAAAAAUUAUCCAAUUCUCUAGUGUUAAAGUUUAGCCGUUUUUUAAUUUUUUUUUGGUGGCUGUAAUGUGCAAUGAUGUGUUUUAUUUUUCUUGAUGCUUAACAUUACUAACAACUGCAAAAAUAAUACUGAGGAGCACUACUUUGCAUUGUUUAUAGUUGGAUUUUUGGAUACUGACCGGAAAUCAUGAACCUGGUUUGUUAAUGCUUAACUUCAGCGCUUUUGGGUUUGUGUGUAUGUGUACCUUUUUUUUUUUUUCUUUCUUUCUUUGUUUUUUUUUUUUAAGUAAGAAAAAGCGCUUACAAUCUGUUCAAGCAAUUGUUUUUCAGAUAUUGGAAUUCAGCAAAGGAUGGCUCCCUCUGGCCAUUCUCAGUUUUCAAUGUUGUGUCCUAUACCUGGGAGAGGAAAAGCAUGCGCUGUUGAACCAAGCUGCUCGAUGGACACAUGUGUGUCCCUAGGAGAUUAUUUGUCAGGCACUGUUUUUGUUUCGUUUUUUUUUUUUAAUUGUUAUUGGCGAUAACGUGAAAUGUGAUACAGCCAUUGUCCAUAAUUUAAUGUGAAAGUAAUCAUGAUGAAUUCUAUAGCAUGCUACUGAAAUGCCAAAUUUAGCUAUUUUCUUUCUCUUCUGAAACAGAAGUUUCAGUAUUCCAUAUCAGAUAUAUAUAUUAAAAGUGGAAUUAUGCACAAUCCUUUCUAUCACUGACAGUAAUCCUCAGUCAUCUUCAGUAAUCAGUGCUCACAGUGCUGCUUCCAGUUCAUUUAGAUGGCACAUAUAAACCUGCACCCACACAAGACUGACCAAAAAUUUUCUUUGCACAUUUUUCCUUUCUCAUUGUUUUUUCUGUAUUGCGGUAAGCAAAGGAAGGUUAAUAUACCUAUAUUUUCCCUGUUAGGCUUUUAGAAAUUAUUUCCCAUGAUUUUUCUUCUCGUAAUAGGUUAAACAGUUUAUUAUUCAAAGGUAAAAAUUGUGUUUCUAUGCAUUAAUGUGAUUGGACAACAACAACAACAAAAAAGAGUGCAAUAUGUUAAAAGAAAUACUGAACUAAGAUGUCCCCUAUUAUGUCACUGCAGAAGUGUCCUUCUAAACAGAGCCAUAAAGAAAUUUUGUUCAAAUUUCUUUAUUGCACAAGGCUUCUUUUCCCCCCAGUUUUACCUGCCUUACUGGGGUUAAACAAUGUUCUUUUCAUAAUACCAAAGCAUUCCCGUCCCCAGAAAAAUCUCUUUGGACAGCUGGUUAAGAAAAGAUAUCAAGUCUUAGGGGAAGAGUAAGCAGCCAAAAAGUCACAUUUUUGCAUUGGUUUAUGUUGCUUGAUUAGACCAUGUUCAGAGAGCACAACAUUAUGUGUUUAUAGCUUUAAUUUGUAUUAUGUUAAUGAACCAGUGAAGUGCCUAAAGAGAUGCUUACAACUAUCCAGUAGGACACGACUGCACUGCUGAAACACUUUUUGGUUAAUUAAGGGUGACUUGAAUUUUACACAUAUAUGCUAAUUUUUAAAAAACAGACCAUUUUUUCAUAGUAAAUAAUAUAGCUAAAAUUUUCCGUUAGCGAUCCUACAAAGAUUUCAUUUCAGACUUGUUAUUUAAGACUUACUUUUUUCUCUCAUGAAAGAAUUGUGAACUCGUGUUUUGUUAAAUCAUUUCCCCUCCCAUGUAUCAUUCUUUUCUGGUACAAUCCAUGAGGUCGCUUUCUUUUAGAUCUUGUUCCCGAUAAGAAAACAAAAAGACGAUUGUAAGUCUUGUACUAUAAGGUAGUUCUGCAUUUUUUGAAUUCAGGCUCAUAUUUGAAAUCUUCCAUGUGAGGAAAAAAAAAUUACUAAUAUUUUUGAAGACAGGGUGGUUUGUUUAAAGAGAUUAUUCAGAGAACUUGUGCCAGAUCUCUUGUUUUAUUCAUCGCAUAUACCAGGUAUUGAUUUAAUCCAGUAUCUCAUUAUGUAGAUAGUGUUAAGUACAAAAAAAGUAAUUAGAAGAAUGGCAAAACGCAGAUGACAACAUUCAUUUGAUUUCCCUAGGUUUCAAACUUUCAAGUUGAGGUUAUCUUUUAUUCCUGACAUUUGUUUUUCUACUAGAAUUCCUUCAGUUAAUAGCCCUAUAUUUUAGUGCAGGUGAACUGUAUUACAGGAUGAAAAAUAAUUUUUAUGUACUGAAAAGAAGAAAUUCUCACAGAACACCACAUGAGCUUCAGACCAAAAGGGGAAACAAGGUUUAAGUAACUAAAAUGGCCACUUAGCUUUUUAAUUUUUUUUAAAUAUUUUCCCCAGAAAUAUAAAUAGUUGGAGUUUGGGUUAUGGAAAUAUUAGUGCCUUUACUAAAUCUCUUUCCAGCCAAGUUUCUUUUUAGCUCAGCAUUGGUCUGUCUCAUUAGUAAUCAGGAAAAUGAGAUGACUUGGAACUAUAAACAAAAACAAAACAAUGUCUUUAUGUAACCAGCCUAGAAAAAUUGACUUCUGAAAGUGCUCAAGCACCUACUAAGACGCAGCAUGCUCAGCAUUCCAGGUGGUGAAUACCAUUUUGCAGCGAGUUUGCUGUUAACUUUCUUUAUCAAAUGCAAACUUGAAGUUCUGAUGCGGUUUUCCAGGGUGGUACUUUUUCAGAGUAUUGAAUUUACUAUGUAGUAAUUUAUAGUAUAGCUUUUUAUAUUCAAAUAUGAUAUUUUUAAAAGAGAUGUCUGGUUCAGUUGGUGUAAUGAUACGAUUAUACGAUAUGCUCAUCUACACCUUGGGCUCACAUUGUGCCAAACUUAAACGUGCAAGUAUAUGUUCAAAAGCACACGUGAAUGUGAACCCUUUACCUCUGUUGCUUAUUACGUUACAGUUAGUGUAAUGAUCCACAGAUGUAUAUUCCUGAGUAAUGUCUAUUUACCUUUUCUUGCUGGAAUAACAAAUUUUCCAGCUUCAAUUGUAAUUCUUGAUUUCUCAGAUCACCUUAAAGUAAUACCUGAGUAUUCUCCCAUCUAAAAGCAAAUCUGUCCUUAACUCCAUCACUUGAGUGUGAGAGUGACAUCAGGCUUCCUCAGGUGGACUCGUGAUAAUGAGGGAAAAAGAGGCUUUGAGACGGGACUAUUUACUACCCUCUUCACCUUUUUGAACUAAGUAUAUUGUCUCAGUCUCAAGAAGAAUCUUUGUCCCAUUCGGGAGAUUUUUAAAAAUAAAAGAUGCUAACGUGGAAUCUGGGACAUGGCCUUGGUCUUUAAUUAUGGCUUUAAAACUCAAAUAAUGGCAGAGCACCACAGGGCUGUUUUAAAGUAGAAAACUCACUCUAAGCUCUAUAUCAAGCUCAUAUUUGAACCAGAGCCCUGAUUUUAAUUAUGUUAUAAUAUCACCUGAAGAUUUUAAAUUAUUCCAGAGCAACUUUUUCCUUUUCCACCUUAUAGAGUUUUAAAAGAAUCCCAUCUUAGCUUUUUUAUGCUGCAGCAAGGUAAAAUUACCAGCAAACAAUUCAAGGUAUCUACUUAAAAUAGUUGCAUUUUAGUUCAGAAUGCAUGCAUAUAUAACGGUAAGAGUCUUUUAAAUUCUAAGGACAGUUCAUCAGGGAAAAAAUUUUCAGUGCAUGUUAUGGAAAUGAUUUGCACUGUAAUAGUAAAAUGAGGUUUUUUGUUGUUUUGAAGACAAUUCUGAAUCAUUUCUUUGGAAAUCAAGACCUUAAAUUCUGUCGAAUAGGACUUUUUCUUUUAUGCAAAUAGAUGGUCUUGCAUGGAGUAAGAAGUAUGCAACAAAUUAUGUUAUAUAAACAGUAUAUGGAAUUUUCUUAAUAGUAUAAUUCAACAGUAAACUGAAAGACAUGUGGCUCCUCUGUUCAAAUCAAAUUUUAAGUUAUGUGAUUUGUAUAAUCAGAACCUAUUCUAGGUGGUCAUUAUCAUGAACUGUGUUUCACUAUUAUAUCCCUCUGGAGACUUAGAAUCAAAUUAAGAAGUCUUUCCUCAAAGCAGUACUGUAACAUGAAUGUAUUCAUCUCAAUCAACAGAAUUUAAAUGCCCACUGUAUGUGGAGCUACUUCAGUGCUAAUCUGGCAUCAUUAGCAGUGUCUGCUCAGGUAAGACCUAGAACAAAAAUAGCUGGGGUGAAAUGGAUCACAGAGGUAGAGGUAUAUUGAGGCAGAGCCCUGUGAGGAAGGAAAAGUUACUCAAAGAACCAGUGGAACAUAAUUCUGAGAGUGUGACUAUCCUCACACCUAAUAUAAAGGAAACAUUUCCUACCUGGGAGCUCCUACCUGCAUUCAGUCCACCCUUUCUUGCCUGCUUUUUCUUCCUCCAAGUGCCUCAACCUCUACAUGCUGUCUCUCUUCCCCCUCCCUCAGCCAGUCCUGGUCUGAACGUCUUUUAGAAUCCAAACUAAACAUCACCAGCCACCUGCUGAUACUCACCAGCAUUCACUUUUCUGAGUUACUUUUUCUCCAUUCAUUAAGAAUAUGGCUUUAUCAUGACUCCCUCUAAAUCCUUCAACCACCCAGAUAUAUUUUGGCUAACCUUUACCCUAGACCCUAGAUGUUAUGCAGCACCAAGUGUAAUCUGUCCAUCCCGUACUGUUCUACUCUUAUCCCAGCUGCCAAAAUAUCUUGCUAUCCUCUACCUCAUCCCCAAAGAGCCUAUAAAUUUGGAGUAUCCAACAUUUUCAUGGAUUCACUCUCUGUUGUUCAGUAAUGCUACUUCCGUAUUUUAAAUAAAUCAUAAAAGAUUUUUGCCUUCUAUCAAAGUAGGAAUCUUUAUAUUUAUACACGAUACAGAAAUUGAACUAUUUCUACCAUGCAGAAUUUAGCAUUUAACAGGAUUUUAAGAGAUUUAAUGGCCAUUCUAACUUGGAUCUAUAUUAGGUAGUGAAUAUUGGUAUUAAUCCAGGUUAUCUGAAUGUAAAGUUAAAAUUCUCCAGCAGUCCGGAUUGAUCUGUAACCCUUCAGUGCAGUGGGAAAUUCCUGUCAUACACAUGAGUGCUGUUUCAGACAGUCGUUUUAUUAAUGUUGUUGGGACCUUGAAACACAUUUUUAAUAAAGGCCUAAAUGAAAAGUGGUGUUUAGGCAGCCCCACCAGAACACAGAAGUCCGUUUGAUCCAUAAUAUAGAUAAAACACCACAAAUUUGGAUGCAUAGGAUUUGAUCAGGCUUUCCUGGGUUAGACUGAGACUCUGGCCCCCAUUCCUACCCUGUUCUCAUGGAAAAAGAAAAGUACUACGGGAUGAAAAGGGAAUGCAUUGACUUCAGGUACGUCCAGAAAGCAGGAAGUACACAGGGGAGGGAGAAGCGACAGUUCUUCUCUAGCCAGUGUGCACAGGAUGCUGUUCAUAGAUGUGAAAUAUUUCUAAGUCAGGUUUCUAACAUGGGGAGUGUUUAUCUCUAGAUGUUUAUCUGACCUGAAGAUAAUGACCCUGUUUGAAAGUAUAGAUUAUUAUGAUCUACAGUGGUAUUUGGAUGUUUUUCAUUUUCAUUCAUGAACACCCCAACCUGACAGCAGAGUCCAUUAAAUGACUUGAAGGGCCUGGGAGUGAAUUGAUGGCCUAGUUCAGAUACAAGGCUUAGUAAUUGAGGCUGAAGGGGUGGUUUUUAUUAAGUCAGGUUAUUAAGUGUUCAUUCUAGCUUUAAACUAGUUGUGACUGCCCCACCAUGAAGUAAAGAAUUGAAAAAGAAGAAAUACAGGGGGGAAAAAACAAUGAGUAUCUGAUUCUUUUCAGAACUUAUGGAAGUCUUUGAAAUGAUGCAAUGCAUACUAUAAAAUAGCCUUUAGAACAAAUGGCCAUUUUACAGCUCAUGGGACAACAUCAAACAUUACUAAGUCUAAACAUGAAAAAUGUAAUUGUUUUAUACAUAAAUUUUGCUAGAACAGUAUUUUAUUGCAUCCUGAAUUUAACCUCUUAAAAAUGCAUGCAUAAUUUCUACAGAAAGGAUAGAGAAAAGAGGGAGAGAGAAUUUCUGGUUUUUAAACCUGUUGACAUUGAGUUGAUUUUGACUCAUAGUGACCCUAUAGGACAGAGUAGAACUGCCCUGUAGAGUUUCCAAGGAGCUGCUGGUAGAUUCAAACUGCUGACCUUUUGGUUAGCAGUUGAGCUCUUACCCACUAAACCACCAGGGUCUUGAGCCCUACAGUAUUGUUCAUGAAUCCUGACCAGUUAAGUACAUACAUUAUGAUACUUUCUGAAUGAAAAUGAUUACAUAUCUCUUAACCAGUCUUGAUAAAUUUUCAAAUGGCCAUCCUUAGUUUGGUGAGGAAGGAUCGAAUGGUAGGAUAAAGGAAGCCUAUCAGUUGGGUGGCCAACAAGUUUCCUUUGUAAUGUUGAGACUAUUUUUCUCCUUUCUGAAUUUCUCUGGUUCUCUAAAAUGUAAGUUAAGAGUUAAAUGGUACCCUUAUUCACCAAGGAAAGUGAUCCAAACUAUCCAGUACAGAUACAGUCCUUUGAAUUCAUAUAUCUUCCCCGGAAAGAAAAUACAAUUUUCCUCUCCCUCUUUCUCUUCACGUUUACUCUUUUCAACCCCGAAUAAGAUAGACCCAGAGAACAAACCACAUACCAGUUUGGCAUCUUCUCAAUGCCAGCAAGGCAAAACAGAACACUGUCAGGUCAACUUGGCACGAGGCCUUGCUGCUUGGAUUUGCUCAUUCAAACCUGAAAAUAACUUUCCUGGUCAUGGAAGAACUGGAUGUAUCCUUUAGCUAAUGAAAUAGGUUUGAACUUGAAAUCUCUUUUUUUAAUCCUGAUUUUGCAGGGCAGCUACAUAAUGAAUGUAUAUAUUAAGCGUUUGUAGCUGAAUUGCACAUGAAAUCAGAUUGCCAACUUCUUGACUUUCAGUUCUAGACAUCAUUUUAUCCUUAAGUUGUGAGCGAUAUAUGUAGCAUGCUGUGAAACGUCUGUUAUAGUUCUUUAAUUCAUCAGUAUUAAUACAGAGUUAUCUUUUGUGUUCCUUGGUACUUUUUAUUCAAUGUAAUCAGAAGCUGUGAUGUUUUGCCUUUGUAGUCCUGUGCUUUGUUACUGUAAUUUUUUUUUUUUUCUUUACAAAGCACAUGACUUUGGACUAAUGUGAGGCGGAUGACGUGAUCUUUAAGAUUGCUAUAUGUAUCAGUCUCUUACUAUAUAAGGUUUUAAAUUAGAAUAAGCUUUUAUCAAAUAGAUCAUUGAUGCAAUUUAGGAUUCACACAAGUUUCAGUGUCAAAUUGCAGUCUUAUACUUAUAGUUUCAAUUCUGAAAAUAGCAAA